CGCGGGACCCAGAGGUCAGUAACCGACGUCUGGACUUGAGCGGCGGCGGAGGUGGCGCGCGCUGAGUGGCCUGACUGGGCGAAGAAGCCCGGCCGACGCGUGGCCGCCGCCGGGGAAGCUGAGGCCGAGUCUCCCUCGCAGGUGCUGACCCGGCUGAGUCGUGAGCGGGUCGCAGCCUGGAGGCGAGGCCUCUUCCCCGCCGGCCGACCGCUGUGCCCUCGAUGCGGGUGAGGACUCUGCGGAGCGAAGCGGGGGCUGGGCCCAGGCUGCGGGCGGCGUAGUGGAUGCGGCGAGGACGGCGAUGGACGCCUUAGAGGAAGAGAGCUUUGCGCUGUCCUUCUCCUCCGCCUCCGAUGCAGAGUUUGACGCUGUGGUUGGAUAUUUAGAGGACAUUAUCAUGGAUGACGAGUUCCAGCUGCUACAGAGAAAUUUCAUGGACAAGUACUACCAGGAGUUCGAAGACACUGAAGAGAAUAAACUCACCUACACGCCUAUUUUUAACGAAUAUAUUUCUCUGGUGGAAAAGUACAUUGAGGAGCAGCUGCUGGAGCGGAUCCCGGGCUUCAACAUGGCGGCUUUCACGACGACGCUGCAGCACCAUAAAGAUGAAGUAGCUGGUGACAUAUUCGACAUGCUGCUCACAUUUACAGACUUUCUGGCUUUUAAAGAAAUGUUUCUGGACUACAGAGCGGAGAAAGAAGGCCGGGGACUGGACUUGAGCAGUGGUUUAGUGGUGACUUCGCUGUGCAAAUCGUCUUCCAUGCCAGCGUCCCAGAACAAUCUGCGGCACUAGCCCCGCCCAGGCAGUGGAUGGGCUCGUUGUGUGUCGCCAGCCCAGCAGGCGCAGAGGGGCUUCAGGCCGUGAGAACAGAAUACAUCUUGGAAAGACUGUUUCUGUUCUGCAGCUCUUCAUCCAUGUUAAGUACUGGGUCAGGAACUUGCCUGGCCCUGCCGGAUCUGCCCCUCUCAGACACUUCCUGUAUUCAGUACCGUAGGAGCCCUCCCCUCCCUGCCCAAGCCUGCCCUCCCCCUGGUGCUUCCGAGGAGACCCCUCUGGAGCAGGCUUAUGCCAAGCGUUCCCCCAGGUCAGCACAGCAAUGCAGAGUAGCCCACCGUGGCAGCCCUUGGCCCAGCAGGCUCCGCAGGAGUCUUUCCAUGCAGCUCUGUUGACACGGGUCAGGGUCCUUCAGCUCUAGGCCGGUUCCCGAGCCAGCUGCCGGUCCCUCUACGACUCCUGACUCCUGCGGUCGCAGCGUGUCUUGGCUGUGGGGAUCAAACAGCCACGUGCGAAAAUCCGCUCCGGGGCGUCCAUCUGCAGUCCUCCUUUCAUUUUCUUUUCUGGCCCUGAUGCAGUCCCACUGUUAGAGUCUCUUGUAAGCAUUUUUUAAAGAUAUUUUUCUAGGUGAACACUCAGGCUAUCUUGGUAUAAUCUUGGAACUGCCAUGAUGGCCCACUUAAAGAUCAGAGUAUUAUAUGCCGUGCCCUCGUUAGCUGUCAGUGCUGGGACGGCAGAGCUGCCUUUGGCGUUGUGACCCCGUUGUAGUGGGGCCCGUGGACGCCCUGAAGAGACCAGCAGCUGUCCCGUCCUGCAGUGUGCUCCGGUUUGUCCACUGUUGCCUACAGUGCUUUCUGUGUAAGCUGUUCUGUUGGGUUUCUGUUGGGGUAGGCGGGGACUGAUUUCCUCGUCAGGAUCUCCCGCCGACAUGGUGUCCCAGUGGUCAAGCUCAGCAUGAGCAGGCUCGGUCAGCGUCCACCUUGGUUUGGUGUAGUGUUUGGCUGAACGUCACUGACGUCACAUGUGUCUCACCUCCAGACAAAAGAGACAGUAUAGUAGUUCAGUCCUAAUGUGCACCCCCUUUUUUUUAAAAAAGUAAAAAUAAGAAUCUUUGCUGACUUUGCGCUUGGCUGUUCUGGUUGUAAGGAUGUGCCAUGAGCUGUGUUCUGUCCUGGCGUGUCCCUCACUACUUUUGUACCUUGAGUAAAAUGUGAGAUGUUUUGCAAGAA